AUGCCACGUCCAGAACGGCAACGAUGCUCUGGUCGAUCACCGCACAAUCGCCCGGCCGGCCUGUUGGUCGAACCUACGUUGAGGUUGUACAUACUAGUUGUUACAGCCGAUUGCGAACUCAGGGGACCAGCUGACGGGUGCGAUGGCAGAGCUGUUGUGGAGCGCGGCUAUGCAGCGACGAGCCCACGCGACGUGAUGACACGUGCCGGGGCUGGCCAGGGCAGCAUGUAUCACCAUUUCAGUGGAAAGCACGAACUCGCGGUACAGGCGCUGUCUGCAGUUACCCGGGAAAAUGAAGGGCGAGUCAUCUCCGUUGGGUGGAGAAGGCUCGCCCUGGAACAGAUGAAGCGCUACCUCUCAUUGCCGCGGCCGGGCACUGGGGUGCCGGGUGGGUCGGAUGACCCAGGACCCGGAAGUGGUCACGGAUGCAGAACUGAUCGCAGUCGUUGCGAACGCCUUCGACACCAUGCUGAACCAUUGGGAGCGGGCGAUCACUGCCGCGAUUGCUGCAGGAGAACUUCCGACGAGCAUCGUCCCGGCGGAUCUCGGGCGAACGCUGGCAGCCGUCCUGCAGGCGGCUAUGUACUUGCCCGCGCGCAGGGUGAACAGGGCCCGAUGGACGCGGCGGUUCGUGGAGCCAUUUCCUGCUCGACGCCGCCCAGUCCGCUCUGCGCACCGAUCACCGACCAACCUCGAAAGAGAAAUCAACGUCCGUUCGUACCGGAAUCAACGGCUUCGGCCGCACGGUCGCAGCUACCUGCGGCUGCGCUACGCGGCGAUGCGGAUGUCGAGAUCGUCGCGAUCAACGACAUCGCCGACGCCGCAACCCUCGCUUCGUUCCUGGAGGGACUCUGUGUCCGGUCAUCUGACGGCGUCGAGGUCGACGGGGACGCGAUUCUCGUUGCAGGAAAGCGCAUUCGCGUUACCUCUGAGCGCGAGCCGUCCCUCAUCCCCUGGAGAGCCGAACGCGUCGAUGUCGUCAUAGAGUCGACCGGC